CCCUGUGGGAGGUUUGUGGCUGAGGGAGGUAGUAGGGUUUCUCUUACAGGGAAGUGAGCAGAGAAAGAGGUUUUGUUUGUGUGUCAAGGGAAGUUAGGUAAGAAUUCAAAAGGAUUUGAAGGGGGAGCUGAUAUCUGAGUUCUGAGAAGAGUUUGUCUUGCUAAGGCAUCAUUCACCUAACAGAGCUUCAAUGCUGCUUCUUCUGCUCCUGCUUUUCAAGAAAAUUCUUUGCCAUGGGCCAAGCACAAUGGCUACCCAAGUUCUAGGACCCCAUCACCUAGCAGCAGCAGAAGAGCCCCUCUCCUUUCGCGUGCUCCAGAUCUUCUCCUUUGCUAACCACAGCUGGGCACAAACCCAGGCCUCAGGCUGGCUGGGCGAGUUGCAGACUCAUCGCUGGGACAGUGUUUUGGGCACCAUCCACUUUCUAUGGCCCUGGUCCCAGGGUAGUUUUAGCAAGGAAGAAUUGAAGAACCUGCAAUACCUAUUGCAGUUGUACUUCCAUAGUUUCCCUCAGGAAGUUCAGGCAUUUUCCAGUCAGUUUCAGUUUGAAUAUCCCUUUGAGCUCCAGAUAUCAUUUGGCUGUAGAAUGCGUUCUGGGAAGGCUUCAGAAAACUUCUUAAAUGGGGCAUACCAAGGAUCAGAUUUCCUGAGUUUCCAAGGAAAUUUCUGGAAGCCAUCUCCAGGAGCAGGGAGUCAGGCUCAGAAAGUUUGUAAAGUGCUUAAUCGCUACCGAGUUAUUAAAGAAAUUGUUCAGAUCCUUCUCAUUGACACCUGCCCUCGAUAUCUAGUAGGCCUCCUUGAAGCAGGGAAGUCAGAACUGGAACGACAAGUGAGGCCAGAAGUGUGGUUGUCCAAGGGCUCUAGUCCUGGUCCUGGACGUCUGCUACUGGUGUGCCACGUUUCUGGCUUUCAUCCAAAACCUGUAUGGGUGAUGUGGAUGCGGGGUGAACAGGAGCAGCUGAGCACUCAGCGAAGUGAACUCUUGCCCAAUUCUGACAGAACAUGGUAUCUUCGAGUAACCCUGAAUGUGGCAGCUGGAGAGGCAGCUGGCCUGACUUGCCGAGUGAAACACAGCAGCUUGAGAGGCCAUGAUAUAAUCAUUCAGUGGGAUGGAUACCCCAUCCUGCUGAUAUGUAUCUGUUUGGCUGUAUUAGUUACCCUGGUUAUCUUGGUUUUGUUUGACUCGUGGUUUAAAAAGCAAAGCUCAAAUCAGAACAUCUCCUCUCCUCAUGUAUCAACUCUGCUUUUCCCACAGAAGCCAAUAUCCAAGAACCCAGGAGUUCAGGAAGUUUUCUCUGCUUGGCACAGAAAUCUUGGAUCAAGAAUAGAUUCUUAAAGAAAUGAAAGAUAAGCCUAGAUCAACUCUAAUGACAUUUGUUCCACUUUAUACAUAAGAUGUUUGCCUACUUCUUGUUAAAUAUGGUUUAUACAAAUAAACAAAAUGCGAUUUUGUUAAAACAUCUUAUUCUGGCAGAGAUUCUGACUCUGAUUUGGAAGAGUUUCAUAAACCUGUCUCCCUCCCCCAUCUUGUGACAAUCUCUUUUCUGCUUUGGCCAUAUGUUCAUUUAUCCUUCAAACUCAAACUCAGAGUCCCGUUUCUCAUGGAAGCUUCUCUGGAUUACUUAAUUUAAAUCUCAAGACAAGUACUAUAUGAUUCCACUUAUAUGUGAAAUCUAAAAAACAAAAUAGAAACAGAUUCAUAAAUACAGAGAACAGACAGACAGUUGUCAGAGGGGAGGGAGGUUUGGGAGCUGGGUGAAAAGGUGAAGGAUUAAGCAAAAGAAAAAAAACCUCAUAGAAACAGUUAAUAGUAUAGUGAUUACCAGAAGGAGAGGGAUUUGGAGGGAAGUAGAAUGGAGGGUAAUGAUGUUAGAAGAAGAUUUGAUUUAGGCUAGUCAAUGCACAAUACAACAUUUAGAUGGUGUCUUAAAGAAUUGUACACCUGAAACUAUAUAAUUUUAUUAACCAAUGUGACCUUAAUAAAUUCAAUAAUAAAAGAAAUAAAAAUUCUGUAACUACAAAGAAAGAAAAUAUCUCUUGUAUGUUCUUCAAAUUGUACUAAUCUCCCUAAAUGCAUUAUUUAUUUGUACUCUGAACACUGUUAUUUGGGGUUUUGCUCUUUUUUUUCUUUUUAAAUAUCAGUUUCUUAAAGGCAGAAUUUUGAGUUUAUAUUUGUAUUCAUGAUGAAAACCAUAACCUGAAUUCAGGGCCAGCUUGAUGGGCAUUUGACCUGUUUAGCUGUUGCCAUCUUGAAAUUCUUAGUAAUUUUUGAAUGAAAUAUUGCAUUUUAAUUUCAUACUGACCCCACAAAUUCUGUAGCUGGUUCUGUCUGAAUAUGAUGUAUUUUAAUUAUUCUGAAAAAAAUAAAU